UACCAUGAAUUCAAGCCGUUCUACAUCCAGUUCAUCGUCGGGUAGCACCUCUAGCAGUGGGAGCACCAGUUGCUCAGAUACUACAGGUUCCUCUUCGGAUACCGAAACUUCUUCAAGUGGACAUGACAACAAACCUAAACUUCCCACAACAAGACGUAAAAGUUCCGAAAAAGGUACAGGAAAUCAAAACGAAACGGACAGCAAGACACCAUCUAAGGGCAAUCCUCCCAGUAGCGGCGGUGGUGGUGCCAAAUCGAAUAAACCCUGUACGUAUUCCAGUGACGAGGAUACUCCACCAGCCAAGAAGCCAGUAAAGAGAACAAGCACAACAGCGACAACAACUACACCAACAUCGAGUCAACAACGUAGAAAGAAUUCGGGAACAUUUACUCUGACAGCAUCGAAAUUGCAAACACAGGCGAAUAAAACAACUGCUCCAACAGAUGAUGCUGGCAAUAAUGAUAACAAGGCAAAGGCAGUCGUCCCAGAUCAAAAAGAAAAGGCCCCAGCAGUGGCACAAAAUAAUCCUGAGAAUCCAGAAAAACCCACAUCUGGGGGUCCUGUCACAGCUAAACGUAAACCUGUUGAACCACCACCAACCAAAGCGGCUGCAAAAACAACCCAUAGUACUAGUCCUCCCGAAACUAUAGUCAAAGGUAAACAGCCACCAUCCAAACGCAGUAAUGGUCCCCCUCCCCAGAAGAGUACUCCACCAACGGCACGAAAAAAAUGCUCCGACGAAUCUGAAUAUGAUAGCAUUUCUGGAUCAGACGAUGAGACCAGCACCACUAGCAGUGAGACUGAAAGCAGUGACACAUCCUAUUCAUCCAAAGCAGGCAGAGGUAAGCGAGCAAAAGCUCGAAUUCAGGCGGCUAAAAACAAAAACGAUCAAUCGAAUUCAGAUGAGGGCGGUAAGGAUGUAAAAAAUAGAAAACUUACCCGAUCAUUGAGUAACAGGCGGUCCCAACAACAACUGAAAUCAUCGGCUGGUGCAGGACAAUUUUGUACGGAUAGUGAAUCGGAAAUGGUCAAUGGGGAAGCUGGGAAAAGGGGACAUUGCAAGACACCAACCAAAAAGGCCUACCUUGGUCUGGGUGGCAGUUUGAGUAAAUGUACUGUAAAGAAAGAGGCCGGCAAUAAUGGUUUUGCUCACAUGCCACGAGCGCCGUCUCCACCUCAACAUGAGAAACGUUGUCCCGUUGAAGGCUGUGAUUCUUCAGGCCAUUUAAGUGGAAAUUUGGAUCGUCAUUUUCUACCAGAAGCCUGCCCUAUUUAUCACAAUAUGUCUGUGUCCGAAUGUAAAGAGCGAGCCAAUGAACGCAAAUUAAGGGAGGAGGCACGAGCUAAGUUUGCCUCAAAUACAAAUAAUCUGGAUGGACAGAAAGUGGUGCCCUUUUCCAAACAUACACAAACGCCCGAACAAAGAGAAUUCUAUAAUAAAAUCAAGGAGUCUCGGGCACGCUUUAAACCCAUCGCCGAAGCUGUGAAUAGCGAUAAAGUCAAAUUGGAAAAAGAUUGUAACGAUGAUGAUCGUGAAUCGAAUUUGGUGGGCCUAGUGCCGGACUAUGAUUUGCAACUGUUUCGUGAUGCUCAGGCUUUGGCCAGUGAAAAGAUUGAAGAAGAAGUAAAAGACUUGCCCAUUGGAAAGGGUAUAAAAUAUAUCACCAUGGGAAAAUACAAAAUGAAAGUCUGGUAUCAAUCUCCCUAUCCGGAAGAUGUUUCGCGACUGCCACAAAUGUAUAUUUGCGAAUUUUGCUUGCGUUAUCAAAAAUCAGAGACUGGUAUUAAACGUCAUGCUCAAAAGUGUGUUUGGCGUCAUCCGCCUGGCGACGAAAUCUAUCGCAAGGGCAAGUUGCAAGUGUGGCAGGUCGAUGGAAAACGUCACAAACAAUACUGUCAACAUUUGUGUCUUUUGGCGAAAUUCUUUUUGGAUCACAAAACCCUUUACUAUGAUGUGGAACCAUUCCUGUUCUAUAUAAUGACACUAGCCGACAACGAUGGAUGUCAUAUCGUGGGAUAUUUCAGCAAAGAGAAAAAUUCAUUUUAUAACGUAUCCUGUAUACUCACCCUGCCGCCAUAUCAAAGGAAAGGUUAUGGAAGAUUACUCAUUGACUUUAGUUACCUUCUGACCCGCGUUGAGGGUAAAAUUGGUUCACCUGAAAAACCGCUUUCCGAUUUGGGCUUAAUAUCGUAUCGUUCCUAUUGGAAAGAUGUACUUCUGGAGUAUCUAUGUAAUCGAACGGGAAAUACGCUUAGCAUUAAGGAUGUGUCACAGGAAAUGGCCAUAUAUUCAUAUGACAUUGUCAGCACUUUGCAAGCUCUGGGUAUGAUGAAGUACUGGAAAGGCAAGCAUAUUGUACUCAAGAAACAGGAUGUCUUGGAUGAUUAUGAGGAACGCAUCAAACGGCGUGGCACUUUCCCCAAAAUCGAUGAAAGCUGUUUACGUUGGAUUCCCUUUGUGCCGGCACAAAACAAUAGCUCCCCCUGAAAAAGGGUUAUACCUAACUAUGAUUAAGACUUUACUGUGACUAUUACACAGUGCUACAUGAU